AUGAAUAUCGAUGUGUUGUUUGAGAUACUCUUGCACCUUCCCGUUCGAUCCCUUUUGAGAUUCAUAGUUGUCCACAAAUCGUGGUAUUACAUCGUUAAUUCUCCACACUUUAGAAAAUUGUACACCUUGCGCCGUAACAACAACAAAGAUGAGGAGGUACAUCUAUACUUUCGUUCUUAUUUCUUUACUGGUGGUACACAAGUAUCAAUAAAUCUCCUAGAUAAUAGGAAGUCAUUGAUAUCAUAUGACUUUCGGCAUAUCGACCAAAGCGUAAGAUCUGGGGAGGUUAAGCUUCUAUGCUACAUAAGUUCUCGUGGUCUAGUCUGCAUAAGUUCUCGUGACGAGUUAGGCAUUACAAUAUGCAAUCCUUUUCUUGGUCAAUUCAAGAUUCUACCACUUCCUUCUCUUCACUGCCGUAGAUAUCAUCAUUUUGAUCAUCAUCACGAGGGACUGGGUUUCGACGAAAAUUAUAAAGUGGUGCAGUUGCUGUCCAAUCACCACUCUUUACAUGCCAAUUUGUAUUCGGCGAAGACAAAUUCUUGGAGUGAAUUGGAUAAUAUUGAUCAAGAUUUGGUCAUCGAGAAUCCCAUAAAGUCGGUGGGCAAGAAUGGAUCCUUUUCCCACUGGGUAGGGUACACAAGGUCAGAGAACAAGAAGAUCAUACUGAGCUUUGAUAUGAAGAAUGAAGUGUUUCGAACAACUUCAAUAUCACUAUUGGGUGAUGAAGUGUUUUAUGACUCACGUGGUUUUCGUGUUCUAGCAAAGAGUGAUUACUCUUUUGUUGUCCUUGUUUUUGACCGUCAGAGGUUGAAGGUUUAUGAGUCGAGCGGCGAAGGAAGUGAGCUUGUUUGGAAUAAUGUGAGUAAUGUGGAACUAAAGCCUUUUUGGAGGCGCAAAAUUCUGAAGAUGGAUGAUAUUCCAAUUUGGAGGAAUGAUGAUUGUGUGGUUGUCAGAGGUAGUAAAUUUGGAGAAGUGAUUUUGUAUGAUUACCAUGCUCGGAAAUUCAUACGACGUUUCAACAUACAUAGCUCGAUCCAUGGUGAUGACAUCAUUGAAUAUGAAGGAAGCUUGAUUUCACCUUAG